GGGAGUUUUUUUUUCUUUUUUUAACCAUUUCUUGGGAAUUUGUUUAUAAUUAUUAUAUGAUUACAAAUAGGUGAUGGGGUAAGGAUUAAACUUUGUGGGAACUUUCAACUUUGGUUGGAAAGAGUUAAGCCACUACUCUAGUAAUCUGCUGAGCUCUUUCUCCCAACCACUUUGCCAAAACAGACAACCUCCUUCAAACUUUUCUCUUGUUCUCUCUCUUCAUCUCUUUCUAUUUAUUUUUUCACUAUACUCACAACAAAAAAGAAAUGUAUUAUAGUGUUUGUUUAUAUGCACUCUCUUUGUUAGGGUCAGGAAUGUUGUUUAAGAGAACUUCAGUGGUUUUGGUACUUAUUUUGGUGUCAUGGGCAUUUCAGGCUGCAAGGCCCCCACCACCUAAAACAUGUGGCUCCCCUGGAGGACCACCUAUCACUGCUCCAAGAAUUAAGCUUAGAGAUGGAAGGUUUUUGGCCUACAAAGAGUAUGGUGUUGCAAAAGAAGUUGCCAAAUAUAAGAUUGUCUUUCUUCAUGGCUUUGUAUCUUGCAGACAUGAUGCACUGGUUGCAAUAACCCUCUCUCCAGAAACUAUUGAAGAGCUACAGAUUUAUGUGGUGGGAUUUGACAGGCCAGGCUAUGGAGAAAGUGACCCUGAUCCUAACCGCACAGUAAAGACUCUGGCUUUAGAUGUAGAAAAUCUUGCUGAUCAGUUGGGACUUGGAUCAAAAUUUUAUGUGAUGGGAUUUUCCAUGGGUGGUCAGGCCAUAUGGGGUUGCCUCAAGUAUAUUCCCAAUAGGCUUGCAGGAGCAGGACUCAUUGCGCCUGUGGUCAACUACUGGUGGCCUUCUUUUCCUUCAAACUUGUCUGAUACUUAUUACCUACAACCACCACAGGAUCAAUGGACACUCAGAGUUGCUCACUACCUACCAUGGCUAACCUACUGGUGGAACACUCAGAAGUGGUUUCCUUCAUCAAGUGUUAUAAUUGAGAAACUUGAAACUUUCUCUCCUCAAGAUCUACAACUUGUCAUGGAAAGGCUUUCAGAGCCUGAACUUAACAGAGACAAGUACAAGAUGCAAAUCAGACAGCAAGGAGAUUUCGAGUCUGCACAUCGGGACUUAAGAGUUGGAUUUGGGAGUUGGGAAUUUGAUCCAAUGACUGAUUUGAAGAACCCUUUUCCUAACAAUGAAGGUUCUGUCCAUCUAUGGCAGGGUGAUGAAGAUAGGCUUGUCCCGGUAGCACUGCAACGCUAUGUUGUUAAUAAGCUUCCAUGGAUUAAGUACCAUGAACUAGGAGGUGCUGGACACAUGUUUCCCCUUGCCAAGGGAAUGAGUGAAAUUAUGAUGAAACAGUUCCUGAUUGGGGAGAAGUAGGUUUGAUUUUGUCAUACAUUAUUCUCUCUAUUUAGGACUUCAUAGAAAUGACACCUUUGACACAAGGGACCAUUGCUGAUAGUGUGUAAUAAGCAUGUCUAUGUUUUCAGUCUCACCUGUGGUGCCCAUAUAUACAAGAUUGAAACAUUUCCCAUGGAAAACGGAAGAGCUUUUUCUUUUUUUUAAAAAAAAAAAAAAUGGUUUUGUUGAUUGUGUUUUUGCAGCUGUUUUAUUUUGUUUGUAUGUGUUUUU